AUGAAUGCCUUUAAUGACUGCAUUGAAGAUAUUGCUGCUAAUGAUCUCAGAUGGACUGGGUUCCCCCUUACUUGGAGCAAUAAGAGGGCUGGAAACAGUCGGAUAGCCUGCAAAUUAGACAGGGUUCUUGUCAAUGAAGAGUGGUUAACCUCCUUCCCUUCCUCCCAUGCUUCUUUUGAGAACCUAGGCAUCUCUGAUCACUCCCCCAUCUCUCUUGCUAUCCAGCCUUUCACUUCUUUUGGGCCCAAGCCAUUCAAAUAUUUCGACAUGUGGUCAUCUCAUCCAACUUUCCUUCCAGUUGUGCUUGAAGCUUGGCAAAAGCCUGUCCUUGCCUUCUCCACCCCUCUCAGAGCCUUCUCAAAGAGGCUCAAAAAUGUCAAGGCUGCCCUCAAGGACUGGAACCUAAACAUCUUUGGCGACAUUACUCUUCAAGUCAAAGAGUGCAAAGACAGACUUGCUUCCAUUCAAUCAAGGCUGCAGUCUGAUUUGCUCAAUGACUCUCUUGCUAUUGAAGAAAAAGAGGUCUCUAUUCAGCUCUCCUCCUUGCUAGCUAGGGAAGAAAGCUUUCUCAAACAAAAAUCAAGAAUUAAAUGGUUAGAUUUGGUGGAUUCUAACUCAACAUAUUUCCAUCGGUCCGUGAAAGCUAGAGUUAAUUCUGACUCUGUAGUUCAGCUCACUCGGCAGGAUGGCUCUGUUGUCAACACAGUUAAGGAUAUCAAGGACAUGGCAGUCCAGCACUUCAAAGGAAUUUUCACUGGGGCCUAG